UCUUCUUUGCAUUCGCGCAGGCAAGUUUCCUUUCUUGCAUCCAUCUGGUCGUUGAGGGUUUUAAGGAUUUCGGUUGGGAACGGCGUUGCAGGGACAUUUACCUGGUGGGAUGGAGGCUUGCCAGCUGGGCAGUGCAGCACAUUGUGGAGGAAGGGGACUCGUGGGUGCGUGCGUUCGUGAGCGGGUUGUUCUCAUGGGGUUUUGCUUCUUUCCGUUUCAGGUCUCAUUCUGGUUUUUCUGGUGUCGGUUUCUUAUCGAGCAUUCAUCUAUCGGCAGACGUGAUACCUUUGGCGGGGUGGGAUGGGCAUUUGCACUGGAUUUCUUUUCACCUUUCACCACAUCUAUAAGGGCAGUUUCGCGGGUUAUCAUCUCCACAGGACAACUGUUUUCUUUCAUGGGCUCCAUCCUUUUGUUUUAUGCAAUUAUGCUUCAUCUUUCUGUUUCUUCUCUCUUAAUGCUCUUAUGCCUAAGCGCCUUCGUGCGUCUCAAUCAUAUUUUGUCCAGAUCUGCAUUUUUCCUUUACCUACCCAUCAACCCAUCCCGUCUUAUCCAUCAUACGACCCUUUGGCGUGAUUCUUUUGCUAUUCCUCUCGGCAUUCAUAGCGGUACCAUCUGUUGCUGCCCCUCCUCGUUUCCAGCACAUGUACGUUGAUACCCUCCCCUUCUUGUUUACGGUGCUUGCUCCCUCCCAUAGCCUACUCCAUAUCAUGACAACUAUCCAUCAUCUCGCCGAUAGAUUCCAGGCUUUGAGUCCCUUGUACCUUCAAAAGAAGCUUCUCCGAGUGACAAUACUACAAUAGACUACAAUAGUGACAAAGAGGACCAGGCGGCACUGAGUCGGAGGUGAUAGGUUUUUUCUCGUUUUCUUUUGAUACCCAAACACUUCUUUUCAAUGUCGGUGCCACCUACAGAACGGGACGACACUCUUUCCGUGGCGAGGUGACAUUCAUUAUAUAGAACCGACCCAUCACUACCAGUGUCGCACGCAGAGAAGAUGCUCGCUCAUGGCCGUCAGCAGA